CGCUGGGUCCCCUAUUCUUCCCGUGGUCAGCGGGGGCGCGCGCGCGGCCAUGGAGCGGGCAGGCGCCGCCGCCGCCGCCGGCACUGAGGGAGGGAGACGCGAGAGGGAGAAGGGAGCGCGUCCGCCCGGCCCCCGCCCCCGCCCCGCAGAAUGGACUGCUGAAUUGGGAUUUAUUGCAGACUCAACUGUACAGCGCUGCUCAUAGCUUCAUCUAUUACCAGUUAUUUAAAUUGGACUUUUAAUAUCCUGCCAGCUGCUGUCCACACACACAUGGUGCAUUGUUGCCAUUCUCAGAAUUGCAUCUUUGAAACCCAGGCCCUCAGUAACCUUCACAGAAGAAAGAGGCGACCUCCUGCGUACAUUUGUAGAGGGAGUUUUUGGCCCUGCUGCCCUCUGGCUUUCUGGCUGCUGCUGUAUUUCUGAGACACUAUGGAGCCCAGUAUGGAGUACUGCUUAGCGCAGGUGCUGCAGAAGGAUGUUGGAAAAAGACUUCAGGUUGGCCAGGAAUUGAUAGAUUAUUUCUCAGAUAAACAGAAGUCAGCUGAUCUUGAACAUGAUCAGACUAUGCUGGAUAAAAUGGUUGAUGGACUGGCCACUUCUUGGGUAAAUUCCAGCAAUUAUAAGGUGGUUCUCCUGGGGAUUGACAUCAUCUCUGCACUGGUGUCCCGCUUGCAAGAUCGCUUCAAGGCCCAGAUUGGCACAGUGCUGCCAAGUUUACUUGAUAGGCUGGGAGAUUCUAAGGACUCAGUGAGGGAGCAGGAUCAGACCUUGCUGCUGAAAAUCAUGGAACAAGCUGCUAAUCCUCAGUACGUGUGGGACAGGAUGCUGGGAGGAUUCAAACACAAGAAUUUUCGGACAAGAGAAGGGAUUUGCCUCUGCCUUAUUGCAACACUCAAUGCAUCUGGAGCUCAGAGUUUAACACUGAGUAAGAUAGUGCCACAUAUAUGUAACUUACUUGGAGAUCCAAACAGCCAGGUUCGAGAUGCAGCAAUAAACAGCCUUGUGGAAAUUUACAGACAUGUUGGUGAACGUGUAAGGGCUGAUCUCAGUAAAAAAGGAUUACCCCAGUCUCGGUUGAAUGUAAUUUUUACAAAAUUUGAUGAGGUCCAAAAAUCUGGAAACAUGGUCCAGACUUCAGUUGAUAAAAUUUUUGAUGAUGAAGACUCCGUGGAUGGGAACAGACCUUCCUCAGCCAGCUCCUCUACAUCUUCAAAGGCCCCUGCAAACUCACGCAGAGUUGGGAUGGGCACUACCCGCAGACUUGGCUCUGCACCUCUGGGCUCCAAGUCUUCAACAGCCAAAGAGGGAGCAGGUGCUGUGGAUGAGGAAGACUUCAUUAAGGCAUUUGAAGAUGUCCCAACAGUUCAGAUUUAUUCCAGCCGGGAUCUUGAGGAAUCCAUAAACAAGAUCAGAGAGAUCCUAUCAGAUGAUAAACAUGACUGGGAACAGAGAGUUUCUGCGUUGAAAAAGAUCCGCUCCUUACUUUUGGCUGGAGCUGCAGAAUAUGAUAACUUCUUCCAGCACUUAAGACUUUUGGAUGGAGCAUUUAAAUUAUCUGCUAAAGACCUGCGCUCUCAAGUUGUCCGAGAGGCUUGUAUCACCUUGGGACAUUUGUCAUCAGUUCUGGGAAACAAGUUUGACCAUGGGGCAGAAGCCAUCAUGCCAACAAUUUUUAAUCUAAUUCCAAAUAGUGCCAAAGUCAUGGCCACUUCUGGUGUUGUAGCAGUUAGAUUAAUCAUUCGACACACGCACAUCCCUCGGUUAAUACCCAUCAUAACCAGUAAUUGUACCUCCAAGUCUGUUGCAGUUAGAAGGCGCUGCUUUGAAUUUUUAGACUUGCUGUUGCAGGAGUGGCAAACACACUCCUUAGAAAGACACAUAUCAGUGUUGGCUGAAACAAUAAAGAAGGGAAUUCAUGAUGCAGACUCUGAAGCCAGGAUAGAGGCAAGAAAGUGCUACUGGGGUUUCCACAGUCACUUCAGCAGAGAGGCUGAGCAUUUGUACCACACCUUGGAGUCUUCCUACCAGAAGGCCCUGCAGUCCCACCUGAAGAACUCUGACAGCAUUGUGUCCCUGCCACAGUCGGAUCGCUCCUCCUCCAGCUCCCAGGAGAGUCUCAACCGUCCACUGUCUGCCAAAAGAAGUCCUACUGGAAGUACAACAUCAAGAGCAUCUACAGUAAGUACAAAAUCUGUGUCAACACCAGGAUCUCUGCAGCGAUCCCGCAGUGACGUCGAUGUGAAUGCAGCAGCUAGUGCCAAGUCAAAAGUGACGUCUGCUGGAGCAUCCACCCCCUUCAGUUCUGCUGCAGCCUUGCCCCCAGGGUCAUACGCAUCACUAGGCCGGAUCCGCACCAGGAGGCAGAGCUCUGGCAGUGCCACCAGUGUCACCUCCACGCCUGCCGACACCCGAGGCCGCAGCCGCGCUAAAGUGGUGUCCCAGUCCCAGCGAUCCAGAUCAGCUAAUCCUGCUGGUGCUGGUAGCCGGUCUAGUUCUCCGGGUAAGCUCUUAGGAAGCUCCUAUGGUGGCCUGAGCAGUGGAACAUCCCGAGUCCAAGCAGUGCCAUCAUCCUCAGAGAAGCGCAGCAAGAUUCCUCGGAGCCAGGGCUGCAGUCGGGAGACGAGUCCCAACAGAAUAGGCCUAGCACGGAGCAGUCGUAUCCCCCGACCCAGCAUGAGUCAGGGGUGCAGUCGUGAUACCAGCCGUGAGAGCAGUCGAGAUACAAGCCCUGCUCGGGGCUUCCCUCCGCUUGCUUCUCGACGUCAUUCCAGGUCCACUAGUGCUCUCUCCACUGCUGAUUCUGUUGGGCAGUCAGACCGGUUUGGGCUCGGACAGCCAGGCAGGAUGCCUGCUUCUGUGAAUGCCAUGCGAGUCCUGAGCACCAGCACAGAUCUGGAGGCUGCUGUGGCCGAUGCACUGCUGUUAGGAGACUCCAGGAGCAAGAAGAAGCCAGUGAGGAGGAGGUAUGAGCCCUAUGGGAUGUACUCGGAUGACGAUGCCAACAGCGACGCUUCCAGCGCCUGCUCGGAGCGCUCCUACGGCUCCAGGAACGGGGGCAUUCCGCACUACCUGCGCCAGACUGAGGACGUGGCUGAGGUCCUCAACCACUGCGCCAGCUCCAACUGGUCUGAAAGGAAAGAGGGGCUCAUAGGCCUUCAGAAUCUACUGAAAAGCCAACGGACACUGAGCCGAGUGGAGUUAAAAAGGCUGUGUGAAAUAUUUACUCGCAUGUUUGCUGACCCUCACAGCAAGAGAGUCUUCAGCAUGUUUCUGGAAACCCUGGUUGAUUUCAUCAUCAUUCAUAAAGACGACUUGCAGGAUUGGCUUUUUGUUCUCCUGACCCAGUUGCUAAAGAAAAUGGGAGCAGAUUUGUUGGGGUCUGUGCAGGCAAAGGUUCAAAAAGCUCUGGAUGUCACCAGGGAUUCUUUUCCAUUUGAUCAGCAAUUUAACAUUUUGAUGAGGUUUAUUGUAGAUCAGACCCAGACACCAAACCUGAAGGUCAAAGUUGCUAUCCUGAAGUAUAUUGAGUCCUUGGCAAGACAGAUGGAUCCAACAGACUUUGUGAAUUCCAGUGAGACAAGACUUGCUGUAUCUAGAAUUAUAACUUGGACUACAGAACCAAAGAGCUCAGAUGUGAGAAAGGCAGCGCAAAUAGUCCUGAUUUCUCUCUUUGAAUUGAACACUCCUGAGUUUACCAUGUUACUUGGUGCCUUGCCAAAAACAUUCCAGGAUGGUGCUACCAAGCUCCUGCACAACCACCUCAAGAACUCCAGUAACACCAGUGUGGGUUCCCCCAGCAAUACCCUUGGUCGGACUCCUUCCCGGCACUCCAGCAGCAGAACCAGCCCCUUAACUUCACCUACCAACUGCUCCCAUGGUGGACUGUCUCCAAGUAUGCUGGAUUAUGACACGGAGAACCUAAACUCUGAUGAAAUCUACAGCUCUCUUCGUGGAGUCACAGAAGCGAUUGAGAAAUUUAGUUUCCGUAGUCAAGAGGACCUGAAUGAGCCAAUCAAACGUGAUGGAAAGAAGGACUGUGACAUUGUGUCUCGGGAUGGUGGCCUUGCUCUCCCUAGUGGCGAUGUCCGCGGAAGCGGUGACAUUGUGGAAGGCGGCAGGAUGGCUCUGGAUAACAAAACCUCCCUCCUGAACACGCAGCCUCCCCGUGCCUUUUCAGGGCCCCGUGCUCGGGAGUACAACCCCUAUCCUUACGCUGACACCAUUAACACUUAUGACAAGACUGCCCUGAAGGAAGCAGUGUUUGAUGAUGACAUGGAUCAGCUCCGGGAUGAAGUACCCAUUGACCAUUCGGAUUUGGUGGCUGAUCUUCUGAAAGAGCUCUCCAACCACAACGAGCGGGUGGAGGAGCGGAAAGGAGCUCUCCUGGAAUUACUAAAGAUCACAAGGGAGGAUAAUCUUGGAGUUUGGGAGGAGCAUUUCAAAACCAUUCUGCUCUUGCUGCUGGAAACGCUUGGAGACAAAGAUCAUUCAAUCAGAGCCCUGGCACUGCGUGUCCUGAGGGAGAUCCUGCGGAACCAGCCGGCGCGGUUCAAGAACUACGCGGAGUUGACUAUCAUGAAAACACUGGAAGCACAUAAGGAUUCCCACAAGGAGGUCGUCAGAGCUGCUGAAGAAGCUGCCUCCACCCUGGCGAGCUCCAUCCACCCCGAGCAGUGCAUCAAGGUGCUCUGCCCCAUCAUUCAGACUGCAGACUAUCCAAUUAACUUAGCUGCCAUCAAAAUGCAAACAAAAGUCAUCGAGAGGAUUUCCAAGGAAUCGUUGCAUCAGCUCCUACCCGAUAUCAUUCCUGGGUUGUUACAGGGUUAUGAUAACACGGAGAGCAGUGUCAGAAAAGCCAGUGUAUUUUGCCUAGUGGCUAUUUAUUCAGUAAUUGGAGAAGAACUGAAACCUCAUCUCGCACAACUCACAGGAAGCAAGAUGAAGCUACUAAACUUGUAUAUAAAGAGGGCACAGACCACCAACAGCAACAGCAGCUCCUCUUCAGAUGUUUCAACGCACAGUUAAUGGAGAUCUGUGGACAUAUGUGUAGACUUAGAAGCAAUCAACGGUGCCUCUCAGAGACCUUUCUGCUACUCUUCACUGGCGCGCUCCAUCAGCUUAAGGAGGCCAUGCAGAUAUUUAUUGCAAUCAGUAUUUUAGUCCCUUCAAAGCUUUUAUGUAGAAUCUUACUGGUAUUGAAUGUAAAGGAAGCAAGGUCUGUGUCGCAGUCUUCAUUAAAAGUGAACAUCAGAAAGCCAUACUUAAACAUAUUUGUAUAGCUUGCUGAAAUCUCAGAAAUAUGUUUAGGUUAGCAUUCUAACACUGAGUCCAAGAACCUGGGCACAUGUCAAACAAAUCUUGUUGGUUUAGUUCAUACCCAGUUUUGGUUCCUGUGUGUUAAUUACCUGCUCUCUCCCCUCACCCAUUCUGGCUGGGUCCUUCUCUUCUUUCAAGUCUUGUGUUCCUGUUCUGAACUCCCUGUUGCAGCUUGCCUGACUUGCAGGGCCCUCCAUGGGGAGAUCUUUGCAGGUGUGGCUGUGAUUCCAGCCUCAGAUGCUUUAAUACUGAGAGAUACCAAGUGAGUAAUGAAAGUAGGUUCUUUUUAAACAUCUGAGUUUUGUACAUAGUUCUGACAGACCCCAGAUGGGCUGAUCUCUCUCUGCUAUCCAGCCAGCUGUGCUGUGCAUAACAGCUGGGCUCUUGCUCUUUUCAUUGACUUUGUAAAUACUUCUUCCCUUUCGACCCAUUUGGUUCUUUCAUAUGUUCAAAAGACUCUCCAGGUUACCUGUUACUCCCCAAAGGGAAUCUGAGACCCAGUUCUGGGACUGAUUCUGCAAAUAGGAUAGUGGAGUUGGGUGGGUGGGAUUGGGUUAGGCUCUGAGUGUGUCAGUGGGUGGGCAGUGGGAGCUGGUAGAGCUGUACUUCAGUGCCAGCUGUUUUCCUUGAAAUCUGUAGCAUCAAAGGGCUGAUCUGCUGCUCUGACUGACCCACUGAUGCUGGAUGGCUUUGUCCCCACAGCUCAUUUGCACUUUGGGCAAAAUGUUCAUCCCAGAGGACAGAAAGGGUGUCUGAAUCUGAACAGAAACACCAUGUGGAAGCACCUCUGAGCCAGCUGGGACAGUGCUGCUUGCCUGCCACAGCCCCUCCUGUUCCUGAAGACCCUGCAGUGCUGUUAACUGCCCUUAGAAGCCUCCUUUGUGCCAUCUCCACACACAGGCUUGCUGAGUGCUCUGCAUUUCAGAAGAGUGGGGGUCCCUCACCGGGCACUGCUGGCAGCAGGGUGCUCUGGGUGAGGUGUUUGCAGCCUGAUGACACAGACCAGGUCAGAGGCAAACCAGCAGCAAUGAAAUACCCCACAGCACCACCCUUCCCUGAACAGAGACCCUUCUUCCUGCAAAGGGAGAGCUCCCCCUGGCUCUGCCUGUAAGCAGGAAGGCAGGAGGUUGCUAAUUAACAUGCUGGGUUUGGCCCUGGGCUGGAUCCUGGCUGAUGGGCAUGCCCACCCCAAACCUGCCAUGGAUCCCAGCUGGGGUUUUGCCUCCAGUGCCGGUGAUGCAAGAGGGUGAUGGACUUGCAGCUUGUGGCUGCAGCUGUGGUGAUGGAUGUGUGUUCCCUGGCUGCUCUCAGUGCCCUGGAGUCUCUCCAGCUUCCUCCAUCUCCCCUUUAGGGAGCUGAAGGGACACCUUGGGAGCACACUGAGAACAUGAGACUCCAUUACUGCAGCAGGGGAGGGUAAAGCCCCUUCCAUCAAUUAUCCCUCUGUGUUUCAACCCCAUCCCUGAGGAGUUAAGCUGGGAGCUGACACUUGGUGCCAGCUUUUCUCUUAGUUCUCAGGUGGGACUGGGGCUGGUGGGGGACUAUGUGUCACUGGGCUGCAAAGCUUCUUGGUCCCUUUCCCUGCUCACCCGAGAGCAGGGGAGGUGACCUGCUCCAGCUACACACUGUGAGGCUUUUGCUGGCUGCAGGGCGAAUUCCCUCAUCUUUCCCAACCAGUAAUACUAUGGCAGGAGAAGCCAUGUGCUUUCCUGGGGUGGGGGAUUCCCCCAGGGUCUUUCUGCAGGCUCAGAAAAGCCAUCCUCACUAAAGAGGAGGGAUUGGCUGCUCCAUGGUUCGUGUCUGCCUUUCCGUGGACCAUUUCUUUUCCACAUCUUUCUGUGUGCUUCUUAGAAUGCUCUUUUUUAAUUUUUUGAAUGCUUCAAAUUUGAUUUUAACACAAAUUUAUUUUUCCUUUUGAGGAAAUACUCAGUUGACUUGUUGGCAGCAGUUAAGCUGUCUUGUUUGAGUUUUUAGUAGUGGGCUAGGUUUUUGGGGGGGGUGUUGGUUUUUUGUUUUGUUUUGUUGUUUUUUUUUUAAAUUGUGCUUUUAACUACUUAGUAUUUAUGCCUCUCUUUCUCCCUAUCUCAGCUCAGCAUCUUCUGUUCCAGUUCUGGGGUUCAGAAGGUCAGCACAGCUGACCAGGUGGUGUUAGUCCCUCCCAGCUGUGAUGGAGCUUGGUCUAUCAUCAUUUGCUGUUGGUUGAUUUUGAUUUUUUUCCUUUCCAUUGAAUGGCACACUGUAGCAAAUCUCCAGGAAUUGAAUUCCUUCUGAAAUGAUUUUAUAUGCUUUAUAAAACCCUGUUGGUAUGCACUGAGAGUGAACGCACUGUACGUCCCUGACCCCGCAGUCGGGGUCUGAGCUCGUCCUUGUGAAGGCGCCUGCGGCCAGCCUGAGCUUCCCUGGGGCUGCAGGGGAAUCAGGCCUUACUUCCUCAAUCAGAUUCAGUUCUCUUUGUCAGCAGAUGCUCAUUAAUGUGCUACUUGAUUUCACGGCGUGAGUGGAGGACUGUCCAUCCGUGCAGUACUCUAGGGUGUGUUCUGUCCACAGUAGGAGCAUCCUGCUGGGGUAUUUAUGAAUCAUCGCCGACAAUGUACAUAGUGGGGUUCUUUAGUAUGUUGAACAUGAUCCAGUUUUUAUUUUGUGUUUCCUUUGAAGUACUCAAAGGGCUAGCUCUCAAUGUCACCUCUCUGAUCUCCAGUUUUGACUUCAACAAGCUGUACAAUCAUCUUGUUUUCUCUUCAGCAAGCAUAAAGGUCUCUCUGGCUACAAAUCACAGUGUCCACGCACGCUUGCAGAGGAAGGUCUGCAUGCUGCAGUGCCUCACUGCUCUGGUGAAGCUUGUGUUCACCUUCUCCUGGCAGUAGCCACCUACUGCAGCUGCCUUUUUUUUUCUUGCUGCCCAUUAUGCAGGGCUUCAAUUUUUCGUACCUUUAAAAAAAAGGAAAAAAAAAAAAGAAAAAAAGUGUAUUUUCUUUGCCCACCAUGCUUUAAAAAUCUGAAUGGGAGAAAACUCUCAGCAGACAGCAGCUCUUGGCUGCAAGGUUGCUGAAAUCUCAGAUGUGGAUGUUUUUUCUGCCAUUGGCUGCACCAGUGCUCCGUGGGCAUGGGCAAAUCCCGGCUCCAUCUGCCCCACAGGUCUACGUACUGUAGUUCUCAUGUAGUUCAGAAAUACCGAGGCAUGUGGCUUUCUUAAGGUACACUAUGUGUGCUUGCCUGGAUUACAAUACAAUACAAGACUGUCUUUUUAAUUGCUUAUUACUAGCUUACCAAUAACCUGUAUAAGUAAUGUAACUUGCAUCUUUGUCAUCAGAACCUUUUCUCCCCACCCCUUUAUUUAUCAAGCAUAAUAUUACAUAUUAAGGGACAGAAAAAUAGACCUUUGUAGUACACAGCAGGACGUUGCUAACAAUGUUUUAAAUGGGAAGUAAAAAACGCUCUGAAAAAUGCCAGCCAUGAGAAAUGGCUUUGUUGGCACCGUGUUCAUGCGCAUGUAUUUUUUUCUAUUUUUUCCGCUUUUGUCAUGUUACAUCCAUAUCUGUAUUUAUAUCUUAUUUGUUUCACUUUUGAGUGUAUCAUGGCAAUUGUACAGAUGUUUUUUGUUAACAUUUACGUGAUAGAAUUUGCUAAAAAAAAAAAUUAAAAUAAAACCUUUUGAGUUUGCCCUAGA